CUCCUGAAACACAAAAACAGAGCAAAUCAGAGAAAGAAAAGAGAGAGAGGAAAGAGAGAAAAAGCAAGAAACUUUGGGCUACCAAGGUCUUGAAGGCAAAAACCCAGAAAGGAUUUCUCGUCCUAUUCAUCAAGAUUUGGUCAUGGACACCAGAGCAGUUCUUCCUCUACAACCCAGAGGGGAUGGUAAAGUCCAUGGAGAAGCACCAAGAAGGAACCAGCGAGUAGCUCUUCGAGACAGGACCAAUGUUGAGGCAGGUCAGGUCGAAAUCAAAGGGAAGCCCCCUGUUCAGAUCAGUCGCCCCAUGACAAGGAGAUUUCAUGCCGAACUGUUAGCAAACAAUGCACAGAAGAACAAUGUGAACCAAGUGCUCGGUGUUGUAGACAAGGCAGCUCAGAAUAGAAAAUGCGCCCCUACAAAGAAUGUUACUGAGAAGGUAACUGAUGAAGAGAAGGAGAAGCCUGUCAAUAGAAGCAAGCCAGUACAAGGUCCAAGGAAGGAAGUCAAGGCUUUCACUUCAACUCUAACAGCUCGAAGCAAGGCUAUGGCUUGUGGAGUCACCAACAAGCCAAAAGAGCAGAUUGUGGAUUUUGACGCAGCUGAUGUCAAUGAUGAACUGGCAGUUGUUGAGUACGUUGAUGAAUUGUACAAGUUCUACAAACUUGAUGAGGAUGGCAGCCGAGUUGGAGAUUACUUGGACAAACAGCCAGAUCUUAAUUCGAAGAUGAGGUCUAUCCUUGUAGACUGGCUGAUAGAUGUUCACAGGAAAUUUGAACUAACGCCCGAAACAUUCUACCUCACUGUGAAUAUAAUUGACCGAUUCCUUUCAAGGAGGAUGGUAACUAGGAGGGAACUUCAGCUAGUUGGCAUUAGUUCCAUGGUGAUAGCAUCCAAGUAUGAGGAAGUUUGGGCUCCACAGGUUGAGGAUUUUGUGUGCUUAUCAGACUAUACAUAUACCGGCAGUCAGAUUCGUGCAAUGGAGAAAGCAAUCUUGGAGAAGUUGGGGUGGUAUUUGACAGUUCCUACACCUUAUGUCUUUCUUGCUAGAUACAUCAAAGCAUCCAUUUCGCCUGAUGAUGAGAUGAGGCAUAUGGUUUUCUUUCUAGCUGAACUUGGAGCCUUGGAUUAUCGAACAACCAUAAGGUACUCCCCAUCCAUGAUAGCUGCUGCAGCUGUCUAUGCUGCCCGCUGUACCCUCAACAAGAAGAGUUUCUGGACUGAAACUUUGAAGCACCAUACUGGCUACUCUGAAGAACAGUUGAGGGAAUGUGCCAAGGUCUUGGUUGGCUUUCACUUGAAGGCUGCUGAAAGUGAUCUUAAAGCUGUAUAUCGGAAAUACUCAAAACCUGAAUAUGGUGCUGUUGCUGGUCUUACUCCUGCCAGAAGUUUUCAGUCCUCUUCAUGAAGAUGUCCUUUCGAGUAGUGGUUUACCUUUUGUAGACAAUACAGCCACCUGAAUAUGCUAGUGGUGGUUUUUCAAUUCUUAGAUUGGGGGUCAAGAAGGUUUUGAAAACCCUAUAUUCUAUACUAGUUAGUCUCUUUCGGUGUCUAUAUUGAACUCUAGAUUGGUGCAAGUGAGAGUAUGCACUUUUUUGCUGUAUAGUGUUUUGGGGUAUACAAGAAUUUUGGUUUGGAAACUGAUAGCAUGUACUUGUUUGCUGCCUAGCCUCAUUCCUCAGUAAU